CUCGUCUCCUGGUUGCUCGUUAGCUGUCAGCAAGGAGGAAGCUGAGCUGUGUACAUAGCCGAGAUUUAAGGGUUGCUAUAUUUUUUAAACAUGCAUAGUUUACACUUUCUUGCAAUUCAACAUAUAUGUAAAGACGUAAUUAUGCAACAGUAUACAGUAGUGCAAUACCUGCCUGACUUGAUUCGGAUUGUGAAAACUAUCUCGGUAUUGAAUGAUGAAUAAAGCGAUGUUCCCAGCAUUUAAAUUUCUUUCAUUGGACUAUGCUUAUGAGAAUGUCAUGAGGCAAAAACUUGCUACCUCUUGGAUGCUCAUCCAGUUUCCCAAAGGCAUUCUCCAAGAUGAAGAUUAUUGCCACAACAAGAUCUUUGUGAAUGAUAUAUAUAGAAGACCAUGGAAGAGAUCUAUUCCAACCUGCAAGUUGCAUGAAGAGAACUCUAUUACGGAUGACUGGAAAAAAUAUGCCUCCAAUGCAGAAUUUCUGGAAAAAAAAGAAGAACUAAUUGACAUUGUUCCAAGUUCAAAUCCUUGUUCUCAGAUAGAUCUAGAAGAAGUGUCUUUGCUCACUGAAAGCUAUGCAACUAAGCAUUUUCACAGUCAUGAAGAUUGUUGGAAGUCCACCCUACCCACUAACAUAGACGAUUAUAUCCUGCCAGAAGAAACUGUAUUUCUAGAUUAUCUUGCACAGUUUCGGCUGCAUUUACCUGGACUGGCAACUCUACUAAGCAGACUGAAAACAUUUUCUGUACAAGAUCCCCUCGUAGGCUUCAACAGGGUUCUUUCUGCCAAGGAUACACUUUACAGACUGGACACAUCAACAAAUGAACAUUUGGAGCCAAAUAUCUUGUUGGAGGAAUUCCAUCUGCUGUCUCCAAGUGCAGAAGAGAGUCUGAUCCUGCCUUGUACUCUGGAAUUGGAUGAGCAUGCUAAAGAAGGCAGAUCCUUCAUGUCAGAUCUAAUCGCACGCCUUCAGCUUGCUCCUGAAAAAGUGUCAGAGAUGGAGGGGCUGACCAGCACAGCAGGUCUCACCAAAAUCCAACCCAAGAAUGAUUUCAUUGAACAAAGUACAAUUAAAAGGAGCCCUGAUCCAUGUAAAUAUGAAGAAGCUUUGGACACAGUCUGUUUCAGGUCAUACCAUGAGGCUGAGUUAGAGGUUUCCUUAACCCCACCUUGUUUAGUAUCUAAAGAUACAGCAAAUAAAAUAUGUGUAAAUCUUGCUGAAGAAGAACUGUCACCUACCUCUCCUAUCUUUUACAUUACAGAUGUAGCCGAAGACAUCAUAGAAUGUCUGGAAUACAAUGCUGACAUCAAACACCUCUUGCUUAAAGUUCCACAUAUUCAGAAUAAAUCAGAGCGAUUUACUAUUGAUGAAAUUAAACAGAAUAUGUCUAUCAAUCCAGACAUAUCUAUUGAUGUUACUUUGGAAGAUAAUUGGUGGCAUACAUUGGGACAGAAUGAGGAGAAUAAUAAAAGCAUAGAGCCACUGACUGCAAAUAUUCCCAGUACACACAGUCUCACACCAACCAAAAUGGAGUCAUUCAAUACAAUUACUGCCUCCCAGCUGGAAAGUAUAUUGGAAGAAAGUGUAUGUCAGUGUUCACUGAAACAAAAUAUCAUCGUUCAUAAUCAUGAAGAACAAGCUCGCUCUCGUGACUCUUCUCCAUCUAAAAUAAUCCAUAUACAGCCCCCUUCACAGAGAAAUGUCAGUGUGACUUUUGCGGACCCCAUUUCUACCGCAGAUACUACACACUCACUUAUACAUGAGAAUGAAGAAGAUGAAUCCAGUGUAUUGCUGCCUUUACAAAAACAUGAACCAAAACAGAAUUUACAAUCCAUAACAACAGCAGCGUCAUCAAUCAGCCAUGUGAAGCCAGCUAACAUUAAUCUAAGAGACACUUGUAAAGCACACAAGAGUAUGGACGGUGGCCUUUGUGGACCUGAGAAACUAGCAAAGAAUGAUGCUGAUCUGCUGUCCAGCUUUAUUGUUCUUAGAACCAAAAGCUUAUUAGGUCAGGCUGAAAACAGACAGACAGAGAAACUUCAAGUGCACGCUAAUGGCACGCAGAACUGUAGGCCAGAGCACAAGGAAAACAAUGUUGUGUCUUGCAAUGCCGAAUAUGAUGGCAGUCCUCAGAAGAGAUCAGAAGAAAAUUCGAAGCACCAUCAAAUAACUGUACAUUUUACACCUACAGACAGCCAAUGUCAGGCUUACCGAGUCCUUCAAGCUGAAGCAGCGCCUGUACUAAACAAACUCAAGGGCUUUGGUUUGUCUGCAUGCACUGUGUGGAAUUUUGCUUCAGUGACUUUUGACUGUACUCGAUUUUUUUUACGCCAACAAGAGAAAACGAUCAGUGACAGCUGCAAAAUAGGAAAUAAAAGUGACAAAGAUAUGAUGAUGUUCAAGAAUGCUUCACUCCUACAUAUCCUGGUGACACUCCGAGAUCUUAUCCUGACAUGUUCCUUAGAUACAGCAUUAGAAUACUUGUAUAAAGCAAAGCACAUGUAUAAGAGUGCUCUGGGAGUCUGUUUAGAGCAUGUGUGGGGAAAGCUGAGGAUUGUUCAGUUUGUUAGAGAUAAAACAGAAGAAGUGAAUCCCAAGAUGACAGCACUGUUAGACUGGAUAGAGAAAGAAGAUAUCGAACAUAAGCAGCUAAAAGUGCUUAUUCUAACACGAAUGGAUUCGGGUGUCAUAGCAGAAACACUGAAUAAUGCCCUCAGUAAAACUAAAGUGCUAAAGGCAAUUGGUUUAUGUCCUGCUAGUGAAACUACAUUUGUGGAUCCAAAAUCUGUGUUAAACAGUUUAAUAAGUUAUGCUUUCAUCAUAACAAAUAACCAAUACAUAGGAAAUGACUUUCCUUGGGCUCACUUCAUGCUUGUUAUUGAAUACGACUGCACUGAUUGCUGGCUAAAACUGUCUCAUGACCGGAAUGUUUCACAUAUGACCCUAAAACCUUUUCUGCCAGAUGCACUUAUACUAGAGUCCACAAAGCACAGUGGGAAAGAUCUUCUGUGUGACAUGCAAGUUCCAUAUGUCUUUCUGUCAUCAGAGGAACUUAUAAAUAGUUCAGAAAUACUGCAAGUUCUGGAGUCAAGAUAUAACAUGACCUUUAUUGAGAGGAGCUGCAGUGCUUCCCUGCAGCUUUUUGGAAAGUCUAGUCCCUGUGCCAUGAUAACUAUCGAUGUGUCCACUGUCAUUAUACUGCAGAGACUGGAUGAAUUUAUGCAUGAUAAGUCAGCAGAGAACCUGAUCCUCAAACUUGUGGCCUUGUCUCUGCAAUAUAGUUACUGCUGGGUCCUCUUAUAUGCCAAGCAGAGAAGUCAUUCUGAGUACAAUCUUUCAGGUGAUAUACUGCAUAAUAUUACUUUAAUUUAUGCAGCUGUAGUUCAACUGACUUCAAAAUCUGAAGACUUGGAAAUUAAGGUUCUAAUUUCUCCAGGAGUGGAUGAAACUGGAUCAUGUAUUCAUCAGAUUGUGGACCACAUGCUUAUGUCGUGCACUAGUGACCCCUACAAGUGGUUGGACCGGUCAUGGCUCUCUGUCCUCAUAACAAAGGCAGAAAACAUUUUGCUUUCAUUUCCUUGUAUUAAUCCCAUGGUGGCUCAGCUAAUGCUCUGUAGGGGAGUAUCAUUACAGUGGCUGCUGUCAGCAACCAACGACCAAUUGAAAAAGCUGUUACCAGAAGUGCCAUCAAAAUUCCUAAAGCAUUUUACUGACAUCACUGCCUUGUAUCAGCUGAGCAGAUCAACCUCCUCACCAAGACCUGCUGACAGUCACACGCCAGCCAACAUGGAACAUUGCGGCAGUACUGAUAAUGUACAAGGCUCCGUUGUUAGUGUGCACAAUCCAUGUAUUAGUAUUACUGAAAACAAGAAAAACAUAUUCGAACUACAGCUAUCCUCAGCCUUUGGCGCGGAGAGUUAUAUUAGAGCCACUCCACCAGCACCUGAGCUAUCAAAUAGCUUUGGUGACAUCUGCAGCACCGGGUCAACAUUUCUGGGCUUUUCCAGCAAUCAAAAGAAGGCAGCAUGGCCAGAAAAUGUGUUUGAACAACAUAUCCAUCAAUCUACAGAUCAAAAAAGGAGUCUUGUCAGUAGUCCAUUUCCUAGUGGAAAGGAUGGUUUUCUUCAAAGAGUCUUUCAUCAUCCUCAUCAUGUGGACAGUAGCAUGGAGAACAAGCCCAGCUUUUCCAUCAAUAGUAAGCACUUCUUUGCAGAUUUACCAAUGCAACAAAAUCAACCUUAUUGUAUAACCAAAUUAGAGAACGUUAUGUAUACCAGCCAACCUUUACCUACAGAGAAACAGAGCGACCCUUUACAAGGAGAAAGGACAUUUCAUAAUCACCUUCUUUCAGGGUCCAACAAUGAAUCAGAUUAUUUUAAUUUCUCCCAAAUGAGAUUUGUUGGAAAGAGAAGAUUUAUGAUAAGUAGUCUCACGGUAAAGGAAGGAACAUUAUCAGGAAAAACAUGUUCUCAACCAGACCAAGGGAAAAGGCGAAAGCUGACAUAUGAGAGAGUGCCAGGAAGGUGUGAUGGUCAAACUCGCCUCAAGUUCUUCUGAUAGAUUUGUUUCCUCUUGAAGGAAUUAGGUUACCAUUAGUACGGUGUACUUUUAAAGAAUUACUUGUAAUAGUAGUAUCAGGUUGUAAUACAAAGUUUUAAAUUAAAGUGUUAGGCUUAGAGAGUAUUGUAUGAGGACACUGGGGAAGAAAUACUAUGCUGCAAGUAGUGGAAAUGUAUGUGAUUCAGAGCAAGAUGGUAACUGUAAGCAGUGAGUAUGUCCAUUUAUGUAUUUCCUUGUUGGAAGGUUUUGUAAAUUGUAAUUAAGAAUUAAAAUAAAAUUUUUAAAGUAUA